AUGCCCGUAGUCACACCCGAAAAGCUGGCCAGCCUGCAAAGGCAUGCGGUCGAUGUCCGUAAUAUUUGCAUUCUGGCUCACGUCGACCAUGGCAAGACGUCACUCACAGACGCCCUCCUGGCGACAAACGGCAUCAUCUCACCCAAGCUCGCCGGCAAGAUCCGAUAUCUCGACUCCCGGCCCGACGAGCAGCUGCGAGGCAUCACCAUGGAGUCCUCCGCCAUCUCCCUCUACUUCUCCAUGCUGAGGAGAUCCGCCCCCGACGCCGAGCCCGAACCCAAGGAGUACCUCAUCAACCUGAUCGACUCGCCCGGCCACAUCGACUUCAGCAGCGAGGUGUCCACCGCCUCUCGUCUGUGCGACGGCGCCGUCGUCCUGGUUGACGCCGUCGAGGGCGUGUGUAGUCAGACCGUGACGGUCCUGAGGCAAACCUGGACCGAAAAGCUGAAGCCCCUCCUCGUCAUCAACAAGAUCGACCGACUGGUGACCGAGCUCAAGAUGUCGCCCGGCGAGGCUUACACCCAUCUGAGCAAAAUCCUCGAACAGGUCAACGCAGUUCUGGGCAGCUUCUUCCAGGGUGAACGUAUGGAGGAGGACCUCAACUGGAGAGAGCGGAUGGACGAGCGUGUCCGGGCCACGGCGACGAAGGAAGCUGGCGCCGAGCAGAUGACCGAGUCGGGUGAGUUACAGUUCGAGGAACGAGAUGACGAGGACCUCUAUUUCGCGCCAGAGAAGAACAACGUCAUCUUCAGCAGCGCCAUCGACGGCUGGGCAUUUACCGUACGACAGUUUGCCGGCCUUUACCAGAAGAAACUCGGCAUCAAGAGGGACGUUAUGGAGAAGGUUCUCUGGGGCAGCUUCUACCUCGACCCCAAAACCAAGAAGAUCCUCGGCCAGAAGCAUCUCAAGGGGAGAAAUCUGAAGCCCAUGUUCGUUCAGUUGGUAUUGGAACCCAUCUGGACCGUCUACCAGGCGACCGUUGGAGGUGACCUCGGAAAGGGUGACCCGGUUCUGUUGGAAAAGAUCACCAAGUCACUGGGGCUCAACAUUCCACCGCACAUUAUGCGCUCCCGUGACCCCAGGCUUCUUCUGACCGCCGUCUUUGCAUCCUGGCUUCCGCUGUCGACGGCUCUUCUGGUUUCCGUCGUUGAGUCUCUGCCCUCGCCGCCAUCUGCGCAGGCCGAGCGACUCCCGGAGAUGCUGGAAGACGUCCCUGGCGCGGAGGCCAUCGACGAGAAGAUCAAGGACGCCAUGAUUUCCUUCAAGACGUCACCGGAAGACCCCGUCGUGGCAUACGUUAGCAAGAUGGUCUCCAUUCCCGAGAGCGAACUGCCGCAGAACAAGCGCAGAGGUCAACUCACCGCCGACGAGGCCAAAGAGCUCGCGCGUAAGAAGCGUGCGGAAGCAGCCCGCGCCCAAGCCGCCGCCACCCCCGGCUCUAACAGCAUCAACGAUCUGACAACAGCCCUGGAGGAGGUCAACUUGGAUGAUUACACCCCCGAGCAGGAGGAGAAGGAGAUCGACCCGGAACACCUCAUCGGCUUCGCCCGCAUGUACUCCGGCACCCUCUCCGUCGGCGACUCCCUCUGGGUCAUCCCGCCCAAGUGGUCCCCAGCCAACCCCAACGCCUCCCCGCAACCGACGCAAAUCACCGUCACCGCCCUCUACAUGCUCAUGGGCCGCAACCUCGAAGCCCUCGAAAGCGUCCCCGCAGGCGUCGUCUUCGGCAUCGGCGGUCUCGAGGGCCACCUCCUCAAGAACGGCACCCUCUGCAGCAGGCUCGACGGCGCCGUCAACCUCGCCGGCGUCGCCACCCUCGGCAAGCCCAUCGUCCGCGUCGCCCUCGAGCCCGUCAACCCCGCUGACCUCGACAAGAUGAUCCACGGCCUCCAGCUCCUCGUCCAGUCCGACCCCUGCGCCGAGUACGAGCAGCUCAGCAGCGGCGAGCACGUCAUCCUCACCGCCGGCGAGCUGCACCUCGAGCGCUGCCUCACCGACCUCAAGGAGCGCUUCGCCCGCUGCGACAUCCAGGCCGGCGCCCCCAUCGUCCCCUACCGCGAGACCAUCGUCAGGGCCGACGAGAUGCGGCCCCCGGCCAACAAGGACCUCGGCCGCGGCGUCGUCGUCGGCACCACCUCCUCCAAGCAGGUCUCCAUCCGCCUCCAGGUCCGCCCCCUCCCCGCCGACGUCACCGACUUCCUCCUCAAGAACGGCGACGUCAUCAAGCGCAUGUACUCGGACCGCAAGGCCGCCGCCGCCGACGACGAGGCCGAAGUCAAGAUCGAAGCCGACACCGACCUCAGCGCCGGCAAAAUCAUGUCCCUCGACGACUUCAAACAAAAGCUCCAGUCGGCGCUCGAAAAAGGCCGCGGCCGCGAACCCUUCAAAUCCACAAUCGACCGCAUCGCCGCCUUCGGCCCCCGCCGCACCGGCCCCAACCUCCUCAUCGACGCCACCAAAGACGGCCUCCUCACGAAGAUCUUCUCCCCGGCCCCGGAGCGCGACGCCUCCACGGCCCCGCAGGCCGACGAACUCCUCCGCCCCGCCCACGUCGCCGACAAGAUCCCCUACGCCUUCCAGCUCGCCACCGCUCAGGGCCCGCUCUGCCACGAGCCCGUCCAGGGCAUCGCCGUCUUCCUCGAGGACGUCUCCGUCCACUCCACCGACGACGACCCGAACCCGACGGCCCGCGACCGCCUCCCCCGCCUCACGGGCGAGGUCAUCAAGACCUUCGCCGCGACCCUGCGCUCCGGCAUGCUCGACUGGUCCCCGCGCCUCGCGCUGGCCAUGUACAGCGUCGAGAUCCAGGCCUCGACCGAGGUCCUGGGCCGCGUCUACGACGUGCUCACCCGCCGCCGCGGCCGUGUGCUCGCCGAGGCCAUGAAGGAGGGCACCCCCUUCUUCACGAUCCAGUCCGUGCUCCCCGUGGCCGAGUCGUUCGGCUUCGCGGACGAGAUGCGCAAGCGGACGAGCGGCGCCGCGCAGCCGCAGCUCAUCUUCGCCGGGUACGAGGUGCUCGACGAGGACCCGUUCUGGGUGCCCUUCACGGAGGACGACCUCGAGGACCUGGGCGAGCUGGCGGACAAGGAGAACGUGGCCAAGAGGUACAUGGACGGCGUGAGGAGGAAGAAGGGGUUGUUGGUCGAGGGCCGGAACGUGGCGAGGGAUGCGGAGAAGCAGAAGACUUUGAAGAGGUAG